CAAGAUCUCUCGGCGCUUCGGUCAAGAUGGUCAACGGCAAACUCGCUCUGGCGGCGGCGGUGCUGGGGGCGCUGCAGCUCAGCCUCUGCCUCGCUUCACCCGUGGCACACUCUGUGAGCGCCGCCGCCGUGGCUGUCGCUUCACCCGGCCAUGCCGUGGGCGUCGUGGCUCAUUCUCCGCCCGGGCGUGCCGUGGGCUUCGUAGCAGGCCCUUCGGCUAGAACCGUGGGCGUGAGAUACGUGGGCUUCGGGCACGACGACGACGGCUUCGGCGAUGACGACGACUUCAGAGGCGUCGCCGUCGUUUCGGGCGUUCGUAGAGUGUGGUGAUCGUCAGCGGAAGCCUCCCGGUGGCGAACUUGGUUGCCCUCCGGAGGAAACCGACGUGUAUGUGUGAUGCUCCGUAACUCUUAUUUUCUUUCAGCUAAACUUAUGAAUAAAAAUUGCAACAAAUUCGACUCCA